GGACUAUUUUCCACCGUCUUGAAAUAUUUAUGUUGUAAUUCCCCAUUGUACAUUUUAAAGUUCGUAUAUAAAAUGAGCCAUUCUUUAGGCGUCAACAAAUUCGUCAAGUUUUUCCUAUCAAUGUCGACUCCACCACAACAGUCCCACUCCCGGCCGCAACUGGCCCGAGGAGAAAGCAGCUCCGCCGUCGCCGGUGGAGGAAGCAUGGAUGACGUCCUCGGCGCCGACCUCGUCAACAACAUCCUCUCUCGGCUUCCGGCGAAAUCUUUUGCAUUCGCGGCUUGCGUUAACCACUUUUGGAAUUCCAUUUGCUCACGGAUACUCUCUGUCCCUAAACUCUCCACCGCCAUUUCUCUUAACCCCUCACUUGACGGUGCUGUGAAUGAGGUUAUGGAGAAAGUUAUGUCGGAGCCAAUUCGACCUCAUUUCGUCAUCGCUUCCGUUGGUCCUGCAUUUAGCGUGGACCGUGCCCACGACCUCAUCAAGAGAAGGUUUGGCUCAAGUGUUCCUGUAGUUACAUCCCUGUCUAAUGGAAUCAUUGGGAGAGAUGCAAUCACUAACGAAUUUAAAGAGGUUGAGUGGGAAGUUGUAGAGAAUGAUGAAGAUCCUGAAGGAGAUCUUUUGCCCAAUGAAGGAAUAUUAAUAACUGUUGGUUAUCUGCCGGGAUUGAAAGUUACACUGGUUCCAAUGCCAUCCUUUGAUCGUGAUGCAAAAGGGAAAAAAGCGGCCCUUCUGAUUGAUGAAUUUGUGAUGGACAUAAGGAAGUGUGCUUUCACCACGCCGGCCAUGACCCCUUCUACAAUCAUAUUGUUUUCUGACCUUACAACCGACAUGAGACCUGUACUUCAAAAGUUGGAAUAUGUGUUUCCCGGAGAUACCGUAAUUCUAGGGGAAGGUAGUCGUCGGCACUGCUACAGGAGUAAUUGGAUCACCAGAGUACAUGAACAUGACCCUGCUAUUGUUGCUCUUGUGUUUUUGAAGGAUGGAAACAAGCCCCCUGGAAUCGGGGAGAUUCAGUUUCAUGCUACAUUAUCAACCGGAUUAAGGCCUGUUGGCCCCGUAUAUCGGGCAGUUUCUGUCAAAGAGAACAAGAAGCGAUCUACAUGGUUGACUGCAAGAAGCGGUGCUGCCUAUGAGAAUCUUGAUGGCAGAACAAUUUUAGAUAAUAUAUAUAAUGAGAUUGGUGAUGGUGUGCGACCUUAUGGACUCUACAUUGGAGUUAAGAAAAAGCGCAAGUGCUCCAUUUGGUUGGAUAAAGUAAGAACGAUGAUGUUUCUGGAAUUUCAUGAAGUAAUUGGAGGGGACGAAGAGUACCUUUAUGUCAAUGACUGGGGUAUCAAAACGGGAGAUGCUUUCCGGUUCUAUAUGUCAGACCCCAACACUGCGUUGAGGUCUAGAAACGAUGUUUCUGAAUGCUUUAGGCGUUUGAAUCACAACUUUGUUGAUACACCUGCAUCUACAUCUGCUCAACAACCAACAGGCACUAAGACAAUGUCAGUCUUCGGAGGUCUGAUAUUUGCUUGCUGUGGCCGUGGCGAGCAAUUUUUCGAACAGCGCAAUGUGGAUUCCAUUCCUUUCUUGGAAAAUUUCCCCGGGGUUCCCAUUGGAGGAACUUUCUGUUUUUGGGAGAUGGCCAUGGUAGAUAAGAGUAUAUAUGGGGACGAACCUCAGGAUGAAGAAGAUGGUGGAAGCUGCUCACAUCAUUAUUAUAGCACGGUCUAUUUAGCUUUAUCCUGCACCCCUGCAUAGGUUAAGGGUUGAAGCUAUAUAGUAGUACAGGACCGAAUAUAAGUUCAAAAGACUAGCUGGCUUGACCAUCUCCUCUUUCUUUUGCUUUGUUAUAAAUGUUUGCGCCUUAACCAAAAUGUUUUGAGAAGUUUUUCAUAGGUUAAUGAGGAGAAGAAGCUUUUGUACCUCUCUAAAGCAGCAAAUAUCAUCAUAAAACCUUUUCCAGAAGUGGCAAAGAGAUGACGACAUCAUUAACUGGGUCUGCUUAGAAAAGAGUAAAACCAAAGAAUUUGAUCACGGCUUUGUUCUUUCUUAUGCCCCACGCCUAAAACCCUUGUAAUUUUCAGUUGGGUACAAAAAAUACAAGCAACCAUAUACCGUUGUGCGGCUUCUGAAGACGUGAUUUUUGAAGGAUCAGGUGCCUGAUAAUAUGUUGAGCAAACUUCCUGAGGAUCUGUUAAACUGAGGUCCUGCAAAGUCACUGUGGGAACUCAGAAGGGUUUUCCAAAUCCUUCGAAGAACUGCACUUGAUCCGAGGUCAAUCAUCUACGUGGGACUAGGCCCCUCGAGUUAUUGUUCAACAGUUUUUUCAUAGAAAGCCGGAAGAAAUUUUUGAGUGUUUAUCCAGAGUUUGAUUCACCCGAAAAGAUGAAAUCUACUAAAGUGGAUAUCAGUUUCCCUUUCUUUGAAUCCACCGUGAACAACAAGACCAUUGACCUUGAAAUCAGUGCUUCUUGCAAUGGGUUGAUCUGUUCGGCUUACAACGAGUUCUGAGUAUGAUACUUCCAAGCUUGAACGUAACUUCGGGGUUGUACUGUUAUGGAAUCCAAGAUUUAAUGAUUACUGGAUGUUGCCUAAUUCCCCUGUUUCACUCGCUCACUACUAUAUGAUACUGAUAACCACAUUGAAAGGAGUUGUGGUUGUGGAUACGAUGAAACUCGUGAUGAUUACAAAGUGGUGAGAAUCGUUCAAAUCACCCACUAUAAGAUUUACUAGUAUUAUAGAAGAAGUCUUGUAGUUGAGCAAGAAAUUAAAGUUUACAGCCUGAAAUGAAAUUCUUGGAAGAGCCUCUCUUACGAGGAGCCCUUUCGGGCCGCGUUCGAUUCUGUUCCGAGAACGCAAGUGCAUAGGACUGAUCAACCAUGUCCUACAUUGGGUCAUUGGAGUAAGGGAACAAGGAGGGGAUGUGUUGGUUAUAUUUUCCGAAGCGUGCCUGUUUAAUGUCAAGUUUUAUCAAAUCAAGAAAACUUUCAGUCGCGACAUCCUAUUGGUUCGUAAAUCUUAAAUGUUGUUUCAUGUAAAUAAAGGUUCUUACUACAUUAAUCUCCCUUCACCGUCCGUUCUGUAUGAAAUUAAUCUCAAUUUUUCUUUUUUGAAUAAUGUAACUGUUUAGCCUUUAAGGACCCAAAUUCUUCCAGUUCAACAUUUAUUACAAAAGUACACCUAA